GGUUUAGAUAUGCCAAACGUGGCGCGUUGCCAUCGCGGGCACUCCACUUCCCCGGUAUAAGUAUGCCGUUUUCCAUCAAUCAUAAUCAAUAUGAUCAGCGUGUGAUACGUGUAUGCGAGCGCACGUCUUGAACUCGCUAUAUUCCACCGCCAAAUAACCUUCACGGUUUAAUCACCGCUUCCGCCUAGCAAGCUAGUUAAUCUCUAGCCACGAUGCUUCUCUCUGGACUCUUGACGCUCGCAGCGUUGGCGGCGGCACCGGUGCGCGGCGCAUUGACUCACAAGGGCGUGGACUGGUCAUCGGUGAUGGUCGAGGAGAGAGCUGGACGCACGUACACUACGACGAGCGGAGCGGUGAAGCCUCUAGAGUCGAUCCUGAAAGAAAGCGGUGUCAACACUGUGCGACAGCGAGUAUGGGUGAACCCUUCCGAUGGCAACUAUAACACUGCGUACAAUUUGCAGAUCGCCAAAAGGGCAAAGGCGGCAGGGUUGAACGUUUACGUGGAUUUUCACUACAGUGACACUUGGGCUGAUCCAGCUCAUCAGACAAUCCCUCGCGGCUGGCCUACGGAUGCAGAAAACCUGUCUUGGAAGUUGUACAAUUACACGUUAGACGUGUCGAAUCAGUUUGCCGCAGCUGGGAUUGCCCCGACAAUCAUGUCCAUCGGAAAUGAGAUUCGUGGGGGGUUACUCUGGCCUACCGGAAAAUACGAUCAACUAUACAACAUCGCACGGUUGUUGCACUCGGCAGCCUACGGCAUCAAGGAUAGUAAUCUAUCUCCGAAGCCCAAGAUAAUGAUUCAUCUUGACAAUGGCUGGGAUUGGAGUACCCAGGAAUGGUUCUACUCAUCAGUAUUGAAGCAAGGACCUCUCUCUACGUCAGACUUUGACAUGAUGGGAGUAUCGUUUUAUCCUUUCUAUGGCAGCAGCGCUACCCUAGCCAAUCUCAAGACCACUUUGAACAACAUGGCAAACAAAUGGGGUAAAGAGCUUGUUGUUGCCGAGACAAACUGGCCAACGUCGUGCCCAUCUCCCGGAUACGCUUUCCCGAGCGACCUUAAGAGCAUCCCGUUCUCAGCCGCUGGCCAGACUACAUUCAUGCAACAGGUCGCCGCGAUAGUUGCUGGUGUAAGCAAAGGAAACGGAAUAUUCUACUGGGAGCCCGCUUGGGUCGAUAACGCAGGCUUGGGAUCAUCAUGCUCAUCGAACACAAUGUUCGCUUACCCUGGGAAAGAACUGUCUAGCUUGGAUGUGUUUAAUACCAUUUAAGAUUUUCAUGUGCGUCAAUGUCGUAUGUGGAGGGGUCAAGCGAGCGGCAAACUAUUUUACAGCAAGAUAAAGCGAAUAAAACAUCGAGUCUUUGAGUAAAA